AUGGGGAAGAUCACCUUCUACGAGGACCGCGGCUUCCAGGGCCGCCGCUACGAGUGCAGCAGCGACUGCCCCAACCUGCAGCCCUACAUCAGCCGCUGCAACUCCAUCCGCGUGGACAGCGGCUGCUGGAUGCUCUAUGAGCGCCCCAACUUCCAGGGCCGCCAGCACUUCCUGCGGCGCGGCGACUACUCCGACUACCUGCAGCGAGUGGGCCUCAGCGACUCGGUCCGCUCCUGCUGCCUCAUCCCCCAAACAGGCUCCCACAGGCUGCGGCUGUAUGAGAAAGAGGACCACAAAGGCCUCAUGAUGGAGCUGAGCGAGGACUGCUCCAGCAUCCAGGACCGCUUCCAUCUGAGUGAGGUCCGCUCCCUUCACGUGCUGGAGGGCUACUGGGUCCUCUACGAGAUGCCUAACUACCGAGGGCACCAGUAUCUGCUGAGGCCCCAAGAGUAUAGGCGCUACCAUGACUGGGGAGCCGUGGAUGCUAAGGCUGGCUCUUUGCAGAGGGUGGUAGAUUUGUGCUAA